AUGGCCGAGAAAGUUGAGCUGCUCGUGGCCCGCGCGACGGACGAGGCGCUUGUCGAGCCCGAGUGGGCGCUGAAUAUGGCGCUCUGUGACUGUGUGAAUGCGACGCCCGAAGUUUGUGAAGAUGUGGUGCGUUUCUUGCAGCAGCGACUGCAGACCCGUCAGCCAAAAGUCGCGCUCUUGGCACUCAUUCUGACCGAAACGCUCGUGAAGAACGGACCGCGCGCGCUGCAUACGCAAGUGGGUACAAAGCGGUUCCUCGAGGACAUUGUCGCGCUCGUCGACGGAAGUCUUGGACCGGACGUGCAGACCCAAGCGCUGCUGUUGAUUCGCCAGUGGGCCGACGCGUUUCAAGGUCAGAGCGAGCUGUCGAGUUUUCAGGACGUGUAUCAGCAGCUAAAGCAGGCAAACACGACGUUUCCCGCAGUGGAAAACGACGUGCCGAUCUUUACACCGCCUUCGUCUGCGACAUCGGCGUGGGCUACGGGUGGAGGGGACGAGAGCGCUGCUGCUGGUGGGACGUCGGGGAGACGCACGAGAGAGCAGCAACUGGAGAAACUGCAAGCUGAUUUAGGUGUGGUACAAGAGAAAAUGAAGAUGUUGAGGGACUUGCAUGCGGAUGGACGUCACGGUGAGGAGAUGGAAGAUGCACUGGAUUUCCUCCGUCAGUGCCAGCAGAGGAUGAACACGCUGAUUGAAGGUGGAGUCAUGGGCAAGAUUGACGAACACACGCUCGAACAGUGUCUCACUGUGAACGACAACUUGAUGAAGACACUGAAAGAGUGCAGCAAGCCAGAGAUGAAGGACAUGAUGACGUUUGACUCGCCUCCACGUGCGAGCCAAGCGUCGGAGCUAUUGCAAGGAGUCGACCAGCUGAACUUGGAUGAAGAAGGCAAGGCGGUGGGGCUAGUAGCUACAGCACCACGGUCCAUGCCUGCUGCACACUCGAUGUCCGCCGUUAUGGAUGGUGAGGGUGUGUUGUCGACGAUGUCUUGCGACGACAAGCUGUCUCGGAAUGAGCCCUCGUAG